UUCUUGAUCAUCAAGUUUCUUGAAAGCCCACUUUCUUAAAAAAGGGUUUCUUGAAGCGCAAGGCCAAAAAUAAGAAUGUACUGUUGAAAUCGAUCCUCUUUUGAAGACCUAUAUAUAUAAUUAUUGUUUGUACGUGUUAAUCUCAGGCGUUCGCGAAGAAAAGACUCCAUAGGAUUCUCAUUGUCUUGUUCAUCAUGACAACUAGGCUUCAAUUUGAGAACAAAUGUGAAAUUGGGGCGUUCUCGAAACUGACCAACGCGUACUGUUUGGUAGCAAUUGGAGGUUCAGAAAACUUCUACAGCACGUUUGAGGCUGAAUUAGCAGGUGUUAUUCCUGUGGUAAAAACCUCCAUUGGAGGCACUAGUGUUAUCGGACGGCUUUGUGCUGGAAACAAAAAUGGGCUUCUCUUGCCUCACACCAUCACCGAUCAAGAACUUCAACACUUGCGGGAAAGUCUACCGGAUGAAGUUGUAAUUCAGCGCAUUGAUGAGAAGCUCUCUGCUUUAGGGAAUUGCAUAGCAUGCAAUGAUCAUGUUGCUCUUACGCACCCUGAUCUUGACAAGGAAACUGAGGAGAUGAUUGCGGAUGUUCUUGGGGUAGAAGUUUUUCGACACGCUAUUGCUGAUAAUACUGUUGUGGGAAGCUACUGUGCCUUAUCCAAUAGAGGGGGUUUGGUUCAUCCUGAAACAUCCAUUGAAGAUUUGAAGGAACUAUCAACCCUCCUUCAGGUCCCUUUGGUGGCGGGGACUGUGAACCACGGUAGUGACUUGAUAGCUGCUGGUUUGACAGUAAACGAUUGGACCGCAUUCUGUGGAUCAGACACUACAGCAAUAGAAUUGGCUGUCAUUGAGAGAGUCUUCAAGUUGAGAACAGCUAAACCCAAUGCCAUCGUUGAUGAGAUGAGGAAAUCGUUGAUUGAAAGCUACGCGUGAGUUUUUUAGGGGGAAUGAUUUGGCCCAUAGAAGCGAGAGGACCUGGAUUUACUCUUAAUUUUGGUGUUCACUUUUGGGUAUAAAAUGUUCAUGUUGUUUUAGAGUUUCAGAUGUGGGCAUUGUGUCAUUAAUUUUGAAAUUGGUAUAAGUUCUUCGCAAAUUAUGUAGUAAUAUUUAGCUUUCUAAGUCAGAAAACUAAAUGGUCAGGUCAGUUACUUUGUACAAGUAUCUUGUGUUUUUCUUUGAUUGUUGAUCAGACCAAUCUGAGGAAAUUUGAUAAAAAUCACUUUUUUCUUC